UUUAUUGGAUUACUUUGAACACAGAUUUGGUUAUUUAGGUUUAGUUUGUAUUUGAGACUAUACAGAACCACUAGAAGUAGAAAUUAGACACUAAUUAGUUUUUUCUAACUCACUAUUAGUUGUAACAAAACCCAUCUCACUCUCUCUCCUUCCCGGACCUGAUCUCAAACCGCCUUCUUCUCCUUCUAUCUCAUUUCCUCUUCCUCUCACUCUUGUACUGCAAUUUAUCAGAUAAUGAGACCAACGUUUCCAAUUCAGUUCCAUUCUUAGUUCAUAAUCCAAUAUGGUAUCAGAGGAUUUGAUUUUUGCUUUGUCACGCUGAUCCAAUAACAUCAUUGAAGAUGAAGAUUUGAUUUUUGUUGCCAAGAAUCUGCAGAAACUGCAGAAAUUAGCUUCGUUCACCGUGAAUCACAUUUUUUUACUUCUUUCGAACCCACACGACAGAGAUUGAUGAGAGCACUGCUUAGUUUGUUCAACCAAACAAAGUAGCGACUUCGAUCAACGGGAUUGAGAAGAAGAAGCGUGAUUAAAGUGCACCGUCACCGAUUCUGAGCAAAAAUGGCAGCAAUUACUCACAAUCCAAGCCCGGUCGAAGAAGAAAUGAUCCAGCCGCAUUAGCGAUAUGCAAUCCGAUGGGCCCGUUUUUCUUGCAUCCCAAUUCCCAGCGAGAACCCGGGGCAGAUGCUCAUGUCGACAAGUCUGAAUGAGACAAAUUACCAUUUCUGGUCACAAGCUAUGAUAAUGGCUUUGGAAUCCAAGAACAAGAUAGGAUUGUUGGAUGGUUCUGUGGCGGAACCAGCGGCUGGAGACCCAAUGCGCCCAAUUUGGGAACGUAAUAACACCUUCAUUAGAAAUUGGAUUGUUCGAUGCCUCAGCAUUGAGAUUGCACAAAGCGUUCUAUUUGUCAAGAAAGCAAGGGAUCUAUGGAUAGAGGCUAGAGCCGAAGCAAAGAUUUGCACAAGGAAAUCAUAUGCGUGUUGCUGAUCUGAAUGAGGAGCUGUAUUCUCUUCGACAAGAAAUGGAAUCACAAGAGACAUCUUCAGUAGGAGCAGAAGCACUUCUACAUAUGUCUCCUGGAUCAGCGGUUUCUGUUGCAUACCACCCUCUGUUUGGACCACAUGAUGAUCUGAUCGUUCUAGAGCUUGAUGAUAAACUUCUUCCCGAUGUUCUGCAGGAAAGGGUGGUAAUAAGAGGACUGCCCGAUGAAGACGCAGUUCUUUGUACUCAAUCCAAAACAUUUGCAAUGAAGUUCGUUGGAACUUCAAAUUCUGUUUUGCUUAUACCUCCUGCAAAUCAAUAUGUUUUUUAUCAAAGUCCACAAAAUGGUGCAAAUAAUCACAAGGAGAAAGUUGUUGCACCUGUGAUUAAAGUUGUACCUGGUAAUAUGGAGCUUGUUGAGGUUGCCCCCAGACUUGACAAACUUAAAUUGCUCCUCUCGCAGAACCCUUGCAGGCUUGAAGAGUUUGACAGUUCAGAAGUGAAUCCAGAAACUAGAGCAGGGUUAUAUAACUGGAAGGAUCUUAAAAACAAUAUUCAAGCUAGUGACGAGGAACUAAGAUCCGGACUGCAGGCACUAUCGGCUGUGGAGAUUAAUAGCUAUUGGAGACUAGUAGACGAGAGAUACAUGAACAUGAUUCUGGAAAUGGUUUUGAGAAAUGCAGUGUUGAACGACUGGUCACUGAGUGCUCUUAAUGAAGAUGAAGUCGUAAGCAUGCUGGUUACCGAUGGAUUUCCUGCAGAACUUGCAAGGCAUUGCUUGCACGUAUAUGGUGAGAAAGUAAUUGACGGCACGGAUACCUGUGCAUGGAAGUUAAACAAGAAGCGGGUCUGCAUUCAUUUUGCGAGAGAAAUCCUGAGAGGGGGCAAGAUGAAGCUGGAGAGUUUUAUGGAUGAGUGGAGGCAGAGGACUCCAGAUGAAAUGCAGCCAACUUUUGAUCUUGUUGAAGGAGAGGUUUUGACCGAGAGAAUUGGAGUCGAGUCAUGGGUCCGCGGAUUCAGCGUCUCUUCGUUGCCAUCCACUCCGGCUGAACGAUUCUCGAUUCUUUUCAAAGAGCGGCCAAAAUGGGAAUGGAAAGAUCUGCAGCCUUAUAUUAGGGAUCUGAAUGUGCCAGGUCUUACUUCUGAAGGUUUGCUAUUGAAAUACACUCGAAGAACACAACCAUCACCUGAAAUAGAACCAAUUUUCAGUGCAAGAUAGUAUUCAUAUCUUUAUUGUGUGGGGACCUUGCUUGCCAUCCUCCUCACUUGUCUUACAUGGAAAAAUUUAGAAUUGUCUUGUAUCUUUGCUGUUUCCAGGUUAUAUUCAUGCAUAUUUAGGUAAGAUGUGUAAAAAUCAAUUCUGACAUGAAAUACAUAACGAGUUAGAAUGUUA